AUGAACGCCAUCACUGAGCUCAGGGAAACCCUUAAGAGCGUGCAAGAGGAAAACUACAGCCUCCCACCCCGCUCUGUCAAACCCUCCCCCCCGCUACCUUUACCAUCUCCAACUCCAGACCCGGGCCCAGAUCAAGAAAAAAAGAGCCAGCACAUUGCAAUCCUGAUGGACUCCAACAGGCGGUUCCUGGACCUGCAAAGGCUUUUCCCGAAGCACAAGGUGACAGUUAGGCCCUGCAGCACCACAGAACACGCCCAGCAGCUCCUGAGAAAGGAUGCCCUUGGAAAUCCACAGUGCAUCAUCAUACACACCGGUACAAAUGACCUCCAUACUCUCGGAGCUGCCACAACUGAAGCUCUCAUGAAAGUGGCAGAAAAGGCAAGCAGGGAGUUCCCCGCGUCACACAUUGUGAUUUUAACGUUGCUGCCACGCCGUGACACCACCCCACAUGUCAUCAAUGGGAUCAACGCCGAAAUCAGCAGGAGAUGUGCCACACUGCCCAAUGUACACCUGGCACAUAACCCCACCAUCAGCCUCCGCGACAUGUACGACGGAAUCCAUCUCCAUCAACAAGGUGUGAGGUCUUUUGCAAAGACCCUUAAAGAUGCUGUCCUAGGCCGUAACCCCUCCUCAACCAGCUUUGUGCCACCUCCCAGGCCCCCACUUCACAAGAAGGCAAAACAGUGCCCAGGCCACCAUACCCCGCAGCGCCUACACAUAUAA